CAUCAUCGGGCCAGUGACAUCAAUGGAGACAAGCUUUGUCAUCAAUCUCGGAGACCAAACUCAUGUGCCCAUCAUAUCAUUUUCAGCAACAAGUCCUUCGCUUACUUCCCUCCGGAGCUCCUACUUUUUCCAGUUUGCACAAAAUGACACAUCCCAAGUGAAAGCUAUAAGUGCAGUCAUUAACAAUUACGGGUGGAGACAAGUUGUGCCUAUAUACAUAGACACUUCGUACGGGGAGGCAGUCAUACCAUUCUUAACCGAUGCCUUACAAGAGAUAGGUGUAAGUGUCCCCUACCGGAGUGUGAUUUCCCCCUCUGCAACUGAUGAUCAAAUUGCCAACGAGCUUUACAAGCUAAUGAUCAUGCAAACUAGAGUCUUCAUUGUCCAUAUGACAACCGAUCUAAGCUCUAAGCUAUUUGCCAAGGCAGAAGAGAUUGGAAUGAUGGUUGAAGGCUAUGUUUGGCUAACCACAAGUGGAAUAACUAAUCGUUUAACAUCACUGAACUCUUCAGUAAUCCAUUCCAUGAAUGGAGCCAUAGGUGUGCAAACUCAUGUCCAAAAAACAGCAGAGCUAGAAGAAUUCAAACUCCGGUGGAAAAGGCAAUUCCAAAAGGACCAUCCACUCAUCGUUGGCGCUGAAUUGGAUGUUUUCGGAUUUUGGGCUUAUGAUGCUACUUUUGCACUAGCAAUGGCAAUUGAACAAGUGAUUGGCAAUACAAGUAGUUUUGAUUUCCAAAAGCCAAAUGCCUCCAACAAGUCCACAGAUAUUCUUGACAGUUUUCCAAUCUCUCCAUAUGGUCCAAAACUUUGCAAAGCCCUAUCAACUACUAGAUUCCCAGGCAUUGCUGGAGAUUUAAUGCUCAUUGAUGGGCAACUUCAAUCAUCUAAUUUUCGGAUAAUUAAUGUCAACGGCCGUGGAGCAAGAACAAUUGGAUUUUGGACACCACACCAUGGACUUGUUAGCAAAAUGAAUUAUUCCACAAGCCAUCUUGGACCUGUCAUAUGGCCAGGAGAGUCUCUCUCUGUUCCCAAAGGGUGGGAGAUCCCAACAAAGGGCAAGAGGUUGAGAAUAGGAGUUCCUGUAAAGGAUGGGUUUUUCGAGCUUGUUAAGGUAACAAAAGAUCCAACCAAGAACACAACGGAUGCUACCGGAUUCAGUAUUGAUGUGUUUAAGGCCGUAGUUGAGAAGUUGCCAUAUGCUAUUUCGUAUGACUUCAUUCCUUUUGCAAAGCCUGAUGGCACCACAGCUGGCAAUUACAAUGAUAUGUGCUAUCAAGUGUACCUUGGGAACUUUGAUGCUGUGGUCGGAGAUACAACAAUUAGAGCAAAUAGGUCUCUGUAUGUGGAUUUUACGAUGCCAUAUGCAGACACCGGAGUAGUAAUGGUUGUACCCGUCGUAGACACAAAUAAAAGAAGUGCAUGGGCAUUCUUGAAGCCAUGGGAAUGGGACAUUUGGCUUGCAAUCAUUAUUUCCUUAUUGUCAGUUGGUUUUGUCGUUUGGGCCGUUGAACAUCACACUAAUGAAGACUUUCGGGGCAAAACAGCUGAGCAAGAAGUUGGCAAAGUUGUCUGGUUCUCCUUUUCAACCAUGGUUUUUGCUCACCAUGAGAGAGUGGAUAGCAACUUGGCUAGACUUGUUAUGAGUAUAUGGAUAUUUGUUGUACUGGUGCUGACAAUAAAUUACCAAGCAAGUCUAACCUCAAUAUAUACGGUUGAAAAACUUGAGCCAACUAUUACCAGUAUCCAGGAUAUAUUAAGGAAGGGGGAAAACACUGGCUAUAUAGCAUCUUCUUUUACUUACGAGACGUUGAAGCAAGUAGGUUUUGAAGAUUCCAAGCUUAGGGCUUUCAGAACUAUGGAAGCAAUUGACGAUGCUCUUUCAAACAGUGGCAUCGCUGGUUUUGUUGAUGAAACACCCUAUAUGAAGCUUUUUCUUGCAAGAUAUUGCAACAAAUAUACCAUGAUUGGACCCAUCUUCAAAACCGAUGGAUUUGGCUUUGUAUUUCCAAAACGCUCUCCUCUUCUACCGGAUGUUUCCCAGGCAGUCCUGAACAUUACCGGGGGAGAAACGAUACUGAACAUUGAAAACACAUGGUUCAAGAAAGACGGCAACUGUGAAGACGUUAGUAACCCAAAAGUUUCGAGCAAUAAACUUGACUUGAGAGACUUUCGGGUCCUAUUUAUCACUACCUUGGUGGCUUCAGGACUUGCUCUCAUCAUAUAUAUAAUUCGGUUCAGUUACAAGUAUAGGGACGUUUGGAAUUCUGAAACAUCUAUAUGUAGAAGGAUUGGGGCCAUGUUAAAAAAAUUUGUUGAUAUAGACCCCAAUUCUCAUACUUUUAGAAGCCAGCAGCCGGAUGUAGUUACAACCUUUCCAAACAACAGUAGCCCAGAAAGGCCGGUACUCAUCCAGAAUUCAAACCACUCAAAUACGAAUUAUGUAUCUUCUGAUUCUGAUUCUGAUUCUGGACAGCAACGAACAUCUACUGAGUCUCCUGCUGAAGUUCAUCUACUGAUCAGCAAUCACUGAAACAGCUCAUUAUUACAAAUUCAAAUAAUUAUUCAUCUACCUGCUAUUUGGUGUUACAUAUGUAGUUAACAUAUGCUGCAUCGUUUUCAGCAUUUUAGAGAAAAUAAAAGUGAUCAUUGCCAUUGGAUUUCAUUAUAUCACUCAAGAGAUCAGGGCCGGUCCUGACAUUUUGAUGGCCUGAGGCAAAUAAUUUAAAUGUGG